AACGGGCACACCACCUCGGCCAACAGCGACAAGGUCAUAACGGAUGGCAUAUUGGGCCAUGGCCCCUUUCCGUCACCUUCCCCUUCGCUGGCAAAGGAUCUCAACGAGCAGGCGACAAGGAAUCCAUCGGCUUGUGAUCCGAGCUCGACCACCCCCUUGCCUCAUAUGGCGAACCAGGGCCCCCACCCAAUCGAAUCACAGUCUUUUCGAGAUGUAGUAUCAGGUGCCCCCACCGCCAAACCGAGCCACCAAAGAUUGACGAUGGAGUCCUUUCGGGACAAACAGAGCGGGACCGUCACUCGCUCCGAGGAGGGCAGGUUCAAGGUUAGUUUCCCUGAGCCCACUGUUAUUUCCCUAGCUGGGUUGCUUGAUAAUGCACUCAUCUUGAAGUUUUUCUUCACCGUCCCCUCCCUCCGGGAUCUAUCUGUCGGUCUGGACAAGUUGG